CUUUUAAUCGUUUGCUCUCUCUCUCUCUCUCUAUAAAAAUCUACCCAACUGUUCUCCUCCCCUUCCAAAAGCCUCUCUCUCUCUCUCUCUCAUCGUCAAAAUCUACCCAACUGUUCUCGUCCCUUCCAAAAACCUCUCUCUACCAUGACUGAUCCCUUCCCCAACUACUUCAAUGGGAGCUUCAACUUCAACCCUAACCCUAACCCUAAUUUCCACCACUACUUCUCCUCUUCCACCCUCACUUCUUCAACCUCAUCUUUCCAAUAUUACCCUUAUACCCUUAACGUCUACUCUAACAACUUCAACAACAAUAACGAUAGUUCCCACCUCUCCUCUUCUCGCUCUCCUCCCUCAUCUCCUCCCCUUAGAGAAGCCCUGCCUCUCCUCAGUCUGAGCCCAACAAGACCUAACCAUGACCAAGAUUCAUGUUACAACCCCAUGGAAGUGGACAAGGAGAGAGAAAGUGUGACAGUGGCUUUACACUUGGGCCUCCCCAGCCCUAUACCUGAUGAUCAUCAGAUCUCAAAGCUUCAAAAGGAAGAAGAAGCAGUGACCGUGGCGAAUUCUGAUUGGUCCCCUACUAGUCCACUGAACAAGGGUCAGUACUGGAUCCCAACCCCGGCCCAGAUUCUGAUUGGCCCAACUCAGUUCUCAUGCCCUCUUUGCUUCAAGACUUUCAACAGAUACAACAACCUGCAGAUGCAUAUGUGGGGGCAUGGAUCUCAGUACAGAAAAGGCCCAGAGUCUCUGAGGGGAACACAGCCAACAGCGAUGCUUAGGCUGCCGUGUUACUGCUGUGCGGCCGGGUGCCGGAACAACAUCGAUCACCCUCGAUCUAAGCCGUUGAAGGAUUUCAGAACGCUUCAGACGCAUUACAAGAGGAAGCAUGGGAUCAAGCCUUUCAUGUGUAGGAAAUGCGGUAAAGCCUUUGCAGUGAGAGGCGAUUGGAGGACUCACGAGAAGAAUUGUGGGAAGCUCUGGUAUUGCAUAUGUGGGUCUGAUUUCAAGCACAAGAGAUCUCUCAAGGACCAUAUCAAGGCAUUCGGGGAUGGUCAUCAAGCUAUUGGAGUUGAUUGUUUCGACGAAGAAGAUGAACCCAAUUCUGAAGUUGAGCAAGAUAGUGAAUCCUUGCAGUGACAUACAGAGAGAGAGAGAGAGAGAGAGAGAGAGAGAGAGAGAGAGAGUCGAUUGAGUUUGAGCUGUGAAGGGUAUGAGGUUUAAGAUGAUAGCUAACUGUUUAGCACUGCUAAAAAGGUCACAGGGCACAUAUUUUGGUGCACAAAUCUGGUUACAGAUGCAUCCAAAAUCGUCCUAUGCACGUGGACCCUUCAAAAUAGUGAAUCGGACGAUUCUGGCGGAUACAUCUGUUUGCAAAACCGUGCACUAAAUUCUGUGAGCUUAGCAUUCCAGCAUUUGAAUUGCUUCGAUGUAAUUUCUCCAACUUGUUCACCCUCUUAAGGUAAUUAGUUAUAUCAGUUAAUGCUCUCUGAUUAA